AUGAUGGUCUUAAUGCGAAUGUAAUCUUAAUUCUAAUUUAAGUGGGUUAACUCCACCGUCACAAUUUUUUAUCCAUCCAACAAAUAAAUCUACAAAAGAUCUUAACGGCGUGUAGUCGACGGCCGGCGACUUCCUAGCGCGUUCAUCUCCGACGGAUCACAGUUUUACCCUUAAUUAAUAUAGAACAUAGUUGCUACGACUGAGGAGCGUACACUGAUGGAGCUUGCAGACAGGGCUGUUGGUUUUCUGUUGUGUUGUAUCAGCUUAUCAAUAUUCACGUACUAUACUUUAUGGGUUAUCAUCCUGCCAUUUGUUGACAGCGACCACUUCAUCCACCAGUAUUUCUUACCUCAGGAGUAUGCGAUCAUCAUCCCUGUUCUUGCUGGUGUUACACUUCUUUGUUUUCUCAGCGUCUUCAUUGGAUCUGUAAUGUUGAAAUCCAAAAAGAAGAAGGCUUAAUCUCAUUUGUCUUCAUUUUUUUUUCCCUUUUGCUUUCAAAUUUUUCAUGAAGGUUGUUUAUAAUCCUCCUGUAAGAUUGUUAGUACAGCCUUUAUGAUACCAAUUUCAGUAGUGUAUGUAUACGGGAACAACCGUUGGUAUCUAUUAGCAGUGUUAUUGUUCAGAAAUUUCUUUUACCUUUUGUCAUUAUCAAAUUUACUUGUUGAAUACAUGGGCUUCAAGCUUUCA